CCCACCCCACGCAUGCAAACAGAAAAAUCGGAAGAGGCAGUUGCCGUUUUUCUUGGACUCCUCUGCACGUGCGGACGUAGUACUCCUGAGGGAAUAAAACAACUCAAUUAGGAAAGGGCAGAUUGCAAUCCGUGUUUGCAUGCGUGACGGCCAGCACGCGCGAUUGCAAUCCGCCUCUCCGCCCUCACGUACGCCGCCUAGCUGCCGCCGCCCUCACGCCGCCGACGUCUCCUCCCGCACCGCGCCUCGCGGGCUGCUGCCGCCGCCCAUUCCUACCUUCAUCGGCUGGCCGAAUUUUUGCGUGGAAUCUUCUGCUAUAAAGUUUGGUGAAACACCAUGUCUACGCCACCAUCCCCAGUUGCCUUUGCGGAUCAAUCUCGGCCUGAGUUCGGUGGAAGACCACGACCACAUAGCAAAUGAACAAGAAGUCAUCACGAAUGAUUCUGAAAAUAUGGGAGAAAAGGAAGACCACGACCACAUAGCAAAUGAACAAAAAGUCAUCACGAAUGAUUUUGAAAAUAUGGGAGAAAAGGAAGACCACGACCACAUAGCAAAUGAACAAGAAGAAGUCAUCACGACUGAUUCUGAAAAUAUACAAGAAAAGUUACACACCCAGGAAGAAUCAAGUGCAAUAACGAUUGAGGAACUGGAAUAUUUCGAGCCGACGAAUAAACUAGCAGACAACCAAACAUCUCAAGAAGUCCAGCAGGAAUGUACAGAGGAAGAAACUAUGAAGGACAUCCUGACAAUGCCCAUGCAGAUGGAGAAACCUAUGCGACGGCAUAACAAACCAAAGAAGUCAACAGAUUAUGUGGUGACUCCAGAAGAUUAUAGAUGCGCCAUCGAUGAUUAUUCUGUGAUUGAACGUAUCCAAUCGGAGCCAAGCGUCAAAAAAAAAUUGGUGUCCCUCAGUGACACAUCACUGACCAAGGACGAUUUAAUACGUCUUCUAAACCCCCGGGAAUAUGCUGGCAACGAAGUCGUAAAUGCAUACAUCUAUUGCAUAAGUGGCGAAGAAGCUCUGCAGGUCAGGUCGGGUGGAAGUAUGUUCUUCGAGACUUCAUUGGUCUCUAAGCUGAUACAGGAUUGUGCAAAUAAGCCCAAAGAUGAAAUACCAGAAUGGAUUGUAGAGAGGGUGAAAAAGUAUCUGGAACAUGACAUGCUGGUAGCAGUGGAAAAAUUAUUUAAAAUUGCAUCACAGCAAAAAGAAUUAAAUUCUGACAAGUGGAAGGACCUAAACGUUACAUCAUGGUCAAGGGAAGAAUGUAUUAAGAGUACUAUGCAGACAGAUGGGUCGUCUUGUGGUUUGUGGAUGUUAAACUUCAUGGAGUACUGGACGGGAGAUAUUUUGUCCGACAUUCCUAAUCAGACGAUGUCCAAAUUUGCACGAGACGCGGGUUGUCGUGAAAUGUUAGACGUUGAACAGCUAGCACAAUUGUUUCGUAGCUGGCCUGGCUGCAUCGACGAGUACCAUAUCUCAAAUUGUGACACGAUUUAUUUGCCUUAUGAAAUUUAUGGGCUAUAUAUGUUGUUCGUCUUCAACCUUCAGAAAAAAAUUGUCUAUAUUUUGAAUCGGCUUCCAAUACAAUCUUGGGGGGAGCAUAUAUUUAAAACUAUGGAAAUAGGUAAAAAUUUAAACCUUGCCCUCAAAGUUGCAAACCCUGGAUGGAACGAUGAUAUAUGUAAAUGGGAAUGCAAAGUUUCUGAUGUUCUUCCAAAAAACUAUCACGGUGGUCUGUUUGGAUAUCUGGUUUUCAAUUUCAUGCACUCAUAUCACAAUGAAAGGCUACAUUAUUGCAUUCCGACGGGCGACUACUUGCUCAAACGACGAUUUGUGACACAUAUUUUAAAGCAUGAACUCAAUGAAGUUGUAGACAAUAUCUCUCCCGAGGAACGAGACGUUCUUGACCGCAUAGAAAAAUGGACAUUCACCGAUUUAAUAGAAUAGUGGAUAAUAUUGUGGAAUACUUGUAUUUUAAUUAUUGGUUCCAAUUUCUGUCGAGUUGUAAUAUUUUGAUACCUAACACGUAUUGUCAAGACGUGCGUUGCAAGUGCAAGCUCACUAGUAUCACCCAAAAGGCCAAAACGAGUUCAAAUUA